UCCCCUGUUUCUCCACCCUUGCUGCCACCUGCAAAGCCUGAUGUGACUGUGAUUAAUGAAGCGGCUGAGGCUGGUGUAGAUAUAGAUGAGGAGGAUGAUGCAGAUGUUGAAUUCACUCUCCCCUCUGACAUUGAAGAUGAUUACGAGCCUGAGCUGCUGUUAAUGCCAACCAAUCAGCCUGUUAACCAGCCCAUUCUGGCUGCUGCUCAGUCUCUACAUCGGGAAGCAACCAAGUGGUCUAGUAAGGUACUCCUGAGUCUCCUCGGGGACUGAUCGUGUGCAUCCAGCCAUUUGGAACGCUGACACAUUUGCAUCACUCUUGAUCCCUGCUGGGCCCCGCCGUUCUGAAUGAAUAAGCGUGUCUGCACUUCAUUUUAAGGACUGAGAGUGGCUUCACAAGUUUUGCUAGAUCUGUUUGUCAGUGCUGGAUUGAAGCUUGAUUUGGGUCACUUAUUAAUAUUUAAAGGCUUCCUCUCCCUUUGCAUCUGCCUGUUCUUCUUUGUUAUGGCAGUUUUCAAAUUGUAGUAGGGGUUGUCUUCCCUCCCCCCUGUUCUUUUUUCCAUUCAUUUGGGCUACCUGAGAAGCCACGGUUAAUGGUUUCGCAAUGACUUCCAGAUACAGCAGAGUGUACAGAAUUCAAGAAGUCAUUUAACGUGGCUAUUGUGCUUUGCCUCCAUUGAUGCCAUCAAUUAGAAUACCUUCCAACAAGGAAUGGCUUUGUAUGGCAGUGUUUAUCGAAGAGGACUGACUGUCUGCUGGCUUGCACUUGGCUGUAUUGCAAAUGCUGGUCUUGAGAGAAUUCUUUUAUGAAGAAGCUGCACUGAAUGCUGUUAGCUGCUGAAUUGAGAUUGUGUUUACAUGAAACCAGCGGAAAUCUAACAUGAGGUUCAGACAUUCACAACUAGCCUGUCUCUUCUGUCUAAGCACAAAUGUUUGCAAGACUGGUCACUUUUUAUAGCAUGCUGCAAAAAACAAGGUUGGUGUCCCAUAACAAACAAAGGUUAGGGGUGUGCGUGUAUGUAUAUGUAUGUGUGUGUCUAUAUUUACGCAGAUAUACUAAACUAUUUUAAUAAGAAGGGCUUAAAAAAUGUUCUUGUCCUUUUCAGAUUCUGAUGCUUGGAUAACUUGUUAGAGGGCUUCGUAAAUGACACUGGUCCUAAUUUCUUGAUCUUCCUACGUGAAAACAUGGAAAAGCUUUGUGUUAUGUCACUUGCAUCCUAACUGGUUAUGCUAGCAAACUGUUUAGCUAUUAGGUCACAGUAACGAAUAGUUCAGCUUUUUGCGUCACCUGUAUCUGUAAAAUAUCUGGGAUAUCUUCUUGAAUUUGCUAGUAGUGAGUCAUGGAAGUAUGUGCACAGGGAUAGAGAUUACAUUUGCUAAGUUGGGUUCUCGCUGUGUACUCUUUGCUCCGACUUCACUGGUCAUUAAUUGUGGAAUUAUGCUGAGGAAGGAGUGUGCUAAUACUUACACUCACUCUGCUAAUAUUUCAUCCACACAAUAGGAAUGCGUCAUGGCACCAAAGAGUUCACUUCUGUCUAACAACUUUCUACAAAGGCGAAUCUAAAUAUACUAAUAGGCUACUAACAAUUGCUCAUCUAGGUCUGCUUUUCCUUGCACUGGGUUUCUCUCUGGAACAGUGUAUAAGAAAUGGUUUUGCCUUGGUCAUACUUAAUUCACAUGGUUCAAACAUUUCUCAGAAGUAUUUCUGUGACUGUAAUUUUCAUGUACUUAAUACGAGAAAUCUGGAUUUUAAUGUAAGAAAUAUCACUAGGUUAUCUUUCGAACUAUCAAGUUGUUCUCUCCUGGAAACUUUAUUUUAAAGGGAGAGAUUUUGU